AUGCUUUUUCUCUCCCCUUUAUCUGUAUUGGAGAGAAGCUGUCUGUGGGAGAAUUCUCUAUGCCUAGUUGAUGUUUCAUUAUUCUUGACCAAGAUAAUAAGUAUGGUGGAAUAUUAUGGAAUUCAUGAUAAAUCUUUUCCUUCUCAUCUCUUUCUUUCAUAUUCUCUCUUUUCUUUUCUUCUCUCCUUUUUUCUUUCCAUCUCUUUUUUCACUUUCCUUCUCAUCUCUUUCUUUCAUAUUCUCUCUUUUCUUUUCUUCUCUCCUUUUUUCUUUCCAUCUCUUUUUUCACUUUCCUUCUCAUCUCUUUCUUUCAUAUUCUCUCUUUUCUUUUCUUCUCUUUUUUUUUUCUUUCCAUCUCUCUAUUCAGUUUUCUUCUCAUCUCUUUCUUUCAUAUUCUCUCUUUUCUUUUCUUCUCUCCUUUUUUCUUUCCAUCUCUCUAUUCACUUUCCUUCUCAUCUCUUUCUUUCAUAUUCUCUCUUUUCUUUUCUUCUCUCCUUUUUUCUUUCCAUCUCUUUUUUCACUUUCCUUCUCAUCUCUUUCUUUCAUAUUCUCUCUUUUCUUUUCUUCUCUCCUUUUUUCUUUCCAUCUCUCUAUUCAGUUUCCUUCUCAUCUCUUUCUUUCAUAUUCUCUCUUUUCUUUUCUUCUCUCCUUUUUUCUUUCCAUCUCUUUUUUCACUUUCCUUCUCAUCUCUUUCUUUCAUAUUCUCUCUUUUUUUUUUCUUCUCCUUUUUCUUUCCAUCUCUUUUUUCACUUUCCUUCUCAUCUCUUUCUUUCAUAUUCUCUCUUUUCUUUUCUUCUCUCCUUUUUUCUUUCCAUCUCUUUUUUCACUUUCCUUCUCAUCUCUUUCUUUCAUACUCUCUCUUUCCUUUGUUUUCUCCAUUAA